AUGGAGACUGAAAAUAUCCACAGAAAUUGGCUGAGCGUGUUUGGUGGCCUUCUGAAGGACCCACGCGCUAAUCUUAAGCAGAUUUCUUCUAUUCUCAGCAGAUCCCAUCGGUUUUUAUCUAUUAUUUCGUCUGGCGGUGUGUCCAGCUCGUACUCUUCGUAUGCGGACAGUCUCAGACACUCCGUGGAAGAGAUUUUCAAAGUUUUAGCAGACCAUUUGGAGAGCGAAGAUGCGCACGCAGGAGUGUACUUCAUACUCUCCAACUACAAGAAAAUAGACGCUUUCAACGUAUUGCCUGUCUUAUCAGCUUUUUUAAACGGCAGAUUAACUGUUUUUCUGGUUAAAGCAGUUGAAAGAAUAUGCAAUGAAGAGAGCAUGCACGGCAUGAUAGAGCCCUAUGCAAUAGAUAUUCUCGCGGUGGCAUCAAAGGCUGCUACAUCCUUAGACCACUUGGUUGGAGAAAGUUCUGUGCGGGUUAUUUUCAGCUUGUACAAGAGAAAGAGAAGUGAGCAGACAUAUCUCUCCAAGCUAACAGAGGCAUUCCAGAUGCGAUACCUUGACCUAUUCAUAUCAAAGAUAUUCCCUACUGUUGUAGCGAGUGAAGACAUUAAAUUUGUUGGCUCACUAAUCCAGAUUCUAUCGGGAAUAAAGGAAAUUCCAAUACUCCUGAUAGCACAGUCUCUGUCGCGCAAUGACUUACUGAACAUUCCAGAAGAACUACUAAAAAUGAUUGUGGAGAGAGCAGAGAGUGCACAGUUGCCACAGGAGCACAUUGCAGGAAUAAAAACAGUAUCAAAAAUACCAGAAACAGUAGACACAGAUGAGCUAGUGAGCAUGUUCCUGAAGUACAACAAGAGCGAAGUGCUGUACAACCAGGCAGAUGCUCUUUUGGUGCACAUAGAGAUCUUAAAUGGUCUAAAUACGCCUGCACAGAGCGAAGAAACAGAUGAGAAUAGCAAACAGUCUAACACUACUACAUAUGGUAAUAAUUUUGAUUUAAGAUAUCCUGAUGAAAAGACAAAAGGCAACAAAAUGCACAGCAUAAACGAGUUCCUGAGCGCUCUGACAAGAACAGCAGACGGCACAAGGAUACAGUUCUGCAGGAUACUGUACCACAUGAUUGUUCCUUCGCAGAAACCCGUCCUUCUUUCUCUCCUCAAAAACAAAAACAUCCGCGUUAAGUGGAAUGCUCUGCGCACACUCGGUGCAUACGCCCUUUCAGAGGAAGAGAUAGAAGUAGUGCUAAAUUUGCUGAUGGCAACAGAAAACGAGAAGAUAAAGAUGUGGGCCCUGAAAAUACUCGAAGCAUCGAAGAAGAAGUACGCUCUUCCCGGCCUAAAAGCAAAAGACACAAUCUACAAGGAAGAAAUAGAAGACCUCAUCCGCCGCAUAAAUUAA